GCCUGUCAUUCCCUGGCUCUCUUGUUUCUCUCGGAGGGGCAGUCUCAACUUAACAGAGCGUGCUGUAGUGUAUAUGGGGGUUAGGGUGGUAUGUUGGGUCAGACAUAGUAGAUCUGGAUAUAGGACACACACAGAGAGACUCCUCUCCUCAGCUUCUCUCUGCUCUCUGCUCUCCGCUACUGCUACUACUUCUGCUUCUGUUGCCUGUUGGCCAGUCACUCGUCAGCCUGUCUGGCCCCAUGCUCUCCUGCCGCUCCGCUCUGGAAAACCACACAGGGUUUACUCCCUCGUCCCUCUCUCGCUGGCUACUGCCGACAAACGGAACACGGUAGGCAACGGACGAGUAGGAGAAGAAGAAGAAGGAGAAAAAAAGAAUCAGUGCAGCCAGGGAGGCGAAGCUCCUAAAACAAACAAGAAAGAGGCGCAGAAAAAGGAAAAGUGACUCAGAAGGAAGGAAGGAGGAGACCGGUAGUUUCUUCUUCCUCUUUUCUUUCUUUUCCUUCUCUCCUCUCCUCCUGUUCUCUGAGCACGCGGCAGUCAGCCGGCGUCCAGCGCUGUGUGCAGAGGAUUAGAAGUUGCUUAGCCGCACCAGCCCCAGCAGCGCCACCGGGGCGGGAGUUUCCACGUGUGUCUGGGUGUACAUGAGUCAGGGACUGUGUGUGUAUGCAUAUGUGUGUGUGUGUGCGCGCGCCCUUGUAGAUCUGUGCGCGUUUGCUAAGUGCACACAACACACACACACACAAACACUACUUGUGGGUGUUAACUUCAAGAGAACAAGAUCCAACUCCAUACGAGCCACUCUGAGAGAUCAGAGAGGGCUGGAUUCUCUUUCGCUCUUCAAAGAGAUAAUAGAUUAAAGCUCACGCACAGAGAUGAUCCUGUUAAAUCCAGACGAUGAAUUGAGAGGAUCCGAGAGGACGACCGUCUAAACAGGAUGGUUCUAUAGCAGUGAGCGGAAAGGCAACAGAACAGUAUGGGGAAUUCUGAGAGCCAGUACAGUCUCCAGGGACCCCGGGGUACCAGCAUCGUCCUCCCAGGGAAACAGAAGCCCUUCCUGAAAUUCCGCUCCGCCAAAGACGACUCGGUGUCGCCUCACGGGUGUUGGCGGGUCAUCCCAGGCGCUGCCGCUAACAAGUCCAAAGCCGUGGGUCGCGGCUGCCUGCCUCAGCACAAAGGUAGCCAGCCCUAUGCACCUCGCCAUUAUGAUUUCAUAACCAAGGGACUAAACGAAGGGGCCAAUGAACCAAGGCUGUGGCAUGGCUCCCAUCACUGCCUAGCAAACGAUGGCCGCCUAGUGCUAUCGUCGGAGAACGGUUACGGUGAUUAUGAAAAUGGACCUGAUUAUGAAAACGCCCCUGCGAAUGGCAGGUUGUACAACGAGCACAACGGGUACACCAUGAAUGGGCACAAGACGCCCAGUAAAUCACCGUGCCCAGAGACACUAGAGGAGCAGAGCAGCCCGCGAGUCGUGAUCAAAAAAGAUGGCAGUCUACGGGUGGAGUUCACCAACAACAGCACCGGGCUGCUGGGCGAGUGUGCCGGUCCAGUGCAGCUUCUCAAGUUCUCCCCCAAUGUGGAUUCCACACCAGACCUACCUGGAGUUACCCGCAGACAUGAACUUCAACACGGAGCUCCAACAACCACUAGCUCCACCACCAGGACUAGUAAGGGGAGCUCUCUGAGCUCGGAGGGGUCUUGGUAUGACUCUCCCUGGGGCCAGGUUGUGGAGCUGAAUGAGGGAGACAGUCUGUCUCCCAUAAGAGCAGACGAUGGCUUGGUGGAUGGCCAGUCGAGAGUCUUAGAUCCUACGGAGAUUAUGCCGGACCUCUACCGUGACCCAACAAUGGCAGUUACGUUUAACACUACCAAGGAUUUGCCCAUUAUUCGGUUGCCAGAUGAGCUGCCAAGUAACCAUCGGGCCUCAGUCGUGUCUGUGAUGGAGGUGCCCAGAGACGAGGAGGAUGAGGCUGAGGGCAAGCAGUAUUCGUCCUUUACGCUACCUUGCCGCAAGGCGAAGCCUGGCAACCUGUCAGAGGACACGAUAAAGAAGCCGUCCAUUAAGAACCGCAUGAGGCGUCUAAGCGACUGGACCGGGAGUUUGACCAGGAAAAAGCAAAGGAUGCAGGAGCCGAGAUACAGAGACCCCAGCGAGCUGUUCGACAGCGGGGUGGAUGGCCUGACGGCAGACACCAGUUCCCCGUCGCAGGUCUCCAGCCUGCUAUGGUACCCCCGGGGCCCCUCGCAGCCGCGCAGCCGCUCGCGCUCCCAGGCCCUGCCAUCCCGCAGCGAGUCCGCUGGGGCCCUCAACCAGAACACCGAUGCCCUGCGGCAGAACAUCUACGAGAACUUCAUGCAGGAGCUGGAGGCCGGUCGUAGUAGUGGCGGCGGUGGUGGAGGAGGUGGAAGUGGAGGGAGGAGGCUGGGUGGGAGUAGAGAGGAGCGCCAGGAGCCGUCCACUGAGGGCACGGAGGACAGCAGCAGCGAGGAGAACAUGGGCUCCCUGGAGCAGCUGGACCUGCUGUUUGAGAAGGAGCAAGGCGUGGUGAGGAGGGCCGGGUGGCUCUCCUUCAAGCCCCUCAUCACCCUACACAAGGACAGGAAGGUGGAGCUGGUGUCCCGGCGCAAGUGGAAGCACUACUGGGUGACCCUGAAAGGCUGCACAUUACUCUUUUAUGAGACCUAUGGUAAAAGCUCUCCAGAGCAGGACCUCUCCCCGCGCUACGCCCUGCUAGCCGAAGACAGCGUGGUCCAGGCGGUACCCGAACACCCCAAACGAGAGAACGUUUUUUGCCUCAGCAAUACCUACGGUGACGUGUACCUCUUCCAGGCUAGUAACCAGACUGACCUGGAGAACUGGGUGACAGCCAUCCACUCUGCGAGCGCGUCUCUGUUCGCCAAGCGCCACGGGAAGGAGGACACCCUGAGGCUGCUGAGGGGCCAAAUCCGAGGCCUGCUGCAGAAGAUCGACAUGGACAGCAAGAUGAAGAAGAUGGCCGAGCUGCAGCUCUCCAUCGUCAACGACCCCAAGAACAGGAAGGCCAUCGAGAACCAGAUCCAGCAGUGGGAUCAGAACCUGGAGCGCUUCAACAUGGACCUGUUCCGCAUGCGCUGCUACCUGGCCAGCCUGCAGGGCGGCGAGCUGCCCAACCCCAAGAGCCUCCUGGCCACCGCCAGCCGGCCCUCCAAGGCAGCGCUCGGACGCCUGGGCAUCUUCUCAGUCUCCUCCUUCCACGCACUGAUCUGCUCAAGAGAUGAAGCCACGCUACGGAAGCGCUCCCUGUCUCUGUCCCAGAGGGGACGCAAGAGGGGCAUCUUCUCCUCUCUCAAAGGCCUGGACAACCUCACCAGGCGGGGCCGGGACAAGAGACCCUCAGCCUCUCAGCUGUUCGAGAGCGAAGCCGAAGCACAAGUCAACUAUAUCCCACCGCACAUUUCAGAGAGGCUCAACAGCCUGGCCAACCUCUACUCUAUAGCACCCCCUGAAGGCGGCCAGUGGAACGACAGUGCUGAAGCCCAAGCCUGCAUCAUUUACAUGCCAGACAACCAGGCGGUCACCGUGCCUUUGAGACCCGAUCACAUGGUGACAGACGCCCUGGCUAUGGCCUGCAAGGCGAAUCACCUGGAGCCCAGCCUGUACUUCCUGCGUCUGCGGAGAGGGGCGGGCCCGGAUGUGGAGGUCUGUGUGCCCGAACCAGAAGAGCUGAUGCAGGACCUGUUGUAUGAGGAGCUGGAGGUGUGUGCCCUGAACAUCUUCACCAUGAACAUGAGCAAACCGAGCACAUCUGCAGACUACGGUUUUGCAGUCACUGGCCAUGUUGACAUGAUGAACAACAGCCGGAUCUUUGUCAGCGAGGUUCUCUCUGAAGGACUAGCCUUCGGUCAAGGACUAAGAGCGGGUGAUGAGAUUCUGGUCCUGAACGGCCGUGCGGUGUCGGCGCUGGACCUGAGUCUGAUCCAGCAGCUGUUCGCUGAGCACACGCUGCAGAUGACCCUCCGCAGAGACCCCCCCUCUCAACGAGGCCCCCUGGAGGACACCAUCGGCACCGCACUCCAGGCCAACAUCCCCUCGCACAACAUCCUGGGAAACCUGCACAGGACAAGCAGGACCAAGUCCUCCACAGAUGUGUCCGCGCUGCAGGAGGGCCCUGGGGAGACGCCGGUAGAGAGCGGCCCGGAGAAUGGUGGCGGAGUCCCCCAUCGACGACGCAGCCACAAGACAGUACAGCACAGCAAGAGCGUGGAGACGGUGUGCACGCUGUACCAUUCCUUCCAGGAGAGCUCCGGGGGCCUGAUGGAGGGCCAGAAAGAGGCUUCGUCCGCGGGGCCCGACCCCCCUCUGAUGAGGCCCUGCCCCCGCCACAUGUCCGCCACCGAGCGCCUGCGCAAGGUCAUCCAGGAGCUGGUGGACACAGAGAAGUCCUACGUCAAGGACCUGAGCUGCUUGUUCGAGAUCUACUUGAAGCCUCUGCAGAAAGAGACCUUUCUCACGCAGGAUGAGAUGGAGAGUCUGUUUGGCAGCCUGCCUGAGAUGCUGGACUUCCAGAGGGUCUUCCUGCAGACCCUGGAGGAGAGGAUCGCCUCCUCCCCGGACUUCAGCACCCUCGAGACUCCCAUGCAGUUCAAGAAGCUACUUUUCUCUCUGGGCGGUUCCUUCCUGUAUUACGCAGAUCACUUCAAGCUCUACAGCGGCUUCUGUGCCAACCACAUCAAGGUCCAGAAAGUUCUGGAACGAGCCAAGACGGAUCAGGCGUUUAAGGAGUUCCUGGAGGCACGCAACCCCACCAAGCAGCACUCGUCCACGCUGGAGUCCUACCUCAUCAAGCCGGUGCAGAGGGUGCUCAAGUACCCGCUGCUGCUGCGGGAGCUGGUGUCCCUCACCGAUGCCGACAGCGAGGAGCACUACCAUCUCACUGAGGCCUUGAAGGCGAUGGAGAAGGUGGCGAGUCACAUUAAUGAGAUGCAGAAGAUCUAUGAGGACUAUGGCAGCGUCUUCGACCAGCUGGUGGCAGAGCAGAGCGGCGCAGACAGAGAGGUCACUGAGAUUUCCAUGGGAGAGUUCCUGAUGCAUUCCUCCGUCAUCUGGCUCAACCCCUUCCCCUCUCUCGGCCGCAUGAGAAAGGACCCUGAGCUGACCGUGUUUGUGUUCAAGAAAGCGGUCAUCCUCGUCUACCGGGAGAACAACAAGCUGAAGAAGAAGAUGAGUGCUCCCCGCUCGUCUCAUGGAGAUGCGGACCCGUUUAAGUUCCGCUGGUUGAUCCCGCGCUCCUCCCUGCAGGUGCGGCUGGGGAACUCAGCUGGCUCGGAAACCAACUGCAUUUGGGAGCUGAUCCAUACCAAGUCGGAGAUCGAGGGGAGACCGGAGACAGUGUUUCAACUCUGCAGCAGUAUUCCGGAAAACAAAGUCAACGUGAUCAAAGUGAUCCGUUCGGUUCUGCGGGAGAACGUGAGGCGGAACAUGCCUGCGGAUCGGGCCUCCAGGGAGAGGCUGGCCCCCCUCCGCAGCACCCUUCCCUCCUCUGCACGACUAGGUUCCUCCAGAGCCUCUUGGCUGGGCAGGCUGGACCCUCCCUCGCCCACCAUCGCCGCGGCCCACACGGACAUGGUGCCAACCAUCCGGCAGCCAGCUGACUCAGACGAGGCCAGCAGCAGCACCAGUGGCGGCGGCGGUGGUGGAAGUAACAGUGGUGUCGGAGGUGUUGGAAGCUGCACCCCCAGCAGCGCCCGCCCUCCCAGGCCAACCGAUCGCCUCUCGCCCCCUUCCCCUCCCUCCUCCACUUCCACCACCAUCUCCACCCUGUCCACCACCACCACCCCCUCGCCCUGCGGUAGCGCCUCCGAGCCCCUCAAGGAGUCGGACAUCCUGAGCGACGAGGACGAGGAGUUCUCCGAGCGGCCCAUCGGCUGCGGCGCCAGCGUCCGCUCCGAGUCCCCGCCCAGCGUCAUCGAGGCGCAGUUCCGCCGCCUCUGUCUGUCGGAGCUGCGGCAGUCCCCGGCGCCCCGUGUGGAGCCCGAGGGCGCGGAGGUGGACAACACCCCCGAGAGGCGGCCCAACGUCUCGGGGUUCCAGCGCGGACACUUCUGCCCCGUCAAGAGGAAGAGCUCCAAUAGCAGUGCCGGUGGUGGUGGUGGCGGCAGCUUGCGGCGUGGCAAGGGGGCGCUAAAGAGUAUGCACUCCCACAGCCGGUCACUGGACAGCAGCCAUGCUGAGGCGGCGGCAGUGGCUGAUCUGAACAGCCUUCUGGAGAGGGAGUUCAGCGUUCAGAGCCUGACAUCGGUGGUGAACGAGGACUGCUUCUUUGAGGCGGUUGGGAGUGGGGACGAUAGUACAGCCGGCCCCAGCUCCUAGCAUCUGCCUACACAAGGACCGUUUUUUUGUCGAGAAACUGCCAAAGCAGGUCACAACAAUCGCAACUAGUCUUGCACGUGUGCGCAAUGCAAAUCAACAGUGUUCAUGAACCAAAACAAAAAGUUUCCCAGUGAGCACCAAGUUUAACAGACAAGCAUUUUCUAGUUCCUCUGUAUCUGGUGC